CCCACUGCCCGAGCAGCGGCCACACCAUGCACGUGAACGGCAAAGUGGCGCUGGUGACCGGCGCGGCGCAGGGCAUUGGCAGAGCCAUUGCAGAGGCGCUGCUGCACAAAGGCGCCAAGGUAGCGCUGGUAGAUUGGAAUCUUGAAGCAGGUAUGAAGUGUAAAGCUGCCCUGGAUGAGCAGUUCGAAUCUCAGAAGACUCUAUUUAUCCAGUGCGAUGUGGCUGACCAGGACCAACUGAGAGGCACUUUCAGAAAAGCUGUAGACUACUUUGGAAGACUGGACAUAUUGGUCAAUAAUGCUGGAGUGAAUAAUGAGAAAAACUGGGAAAAAAUGCUGCAAAUUAAUUUGGUGUCUGUUAUCAGUGGAACCUACCUGGGUCUGGAUUACAUGAGUAAGCAAAAUGGAGGUGAAGGUGGCAUCGUUAUCAAUAUGUCAUCUAUGGCAGGGCUCUUACCUUCUGCACAACUGCCUGUUUAUUGUGCUUCAAAGCAUGGCGUAGUUGGAUUCACACGCUCAGCAGCGAUGGCUGCUAAUCUUAUGAACAGCGGUGUGAGAAUGAAUGCCAUUUGCCCAGGCUUUGUUAAUACUCCCAUCCUCGAAUCCAUUGACAAAGAAGAGAACAUGGGACAAUAUAUAGAAUAUAAGGACCACCUCAAGGAUAUGAUGAAAUACUCUGGGAUUUUGGACCCAUCGAUGAUUGCCAACGGCUUAAUAACACUCAUCGAAGAUGAUGCUUUAAAUGGUGCUAUUAUGAAGAUCACAGUUUCUAAGGGAAUUCAUUUUCAAGACUACGAUGUAAUUCCAUUUCAUGUAAAAGCUCAGUGAACAUCUUAUAUAUCAGCCAUAACUGAAAAUAAGCACACGUGACUUAUAUGCAGACCAUAUCUUCAUUCGAAUAUAGCUUUUUAAAUGAAAUGUUAUCAUUUGAAGCUUCCCUUUAUGCAUUUGAUGUUAAUUUCUUUCUAAAUGAUUAGUUAAGUCUAUGGAUACAAAAUUAGGAACUAUAAAAAUAUGAUGUUGGCCAAAGCUAAAUUUUGAUACUCAGAGUCUAAGUAAGGAUUAAAAUAAAGGAUAUUCAAGGAAUAUUCUGCUUUGCCUUUAAUACUCUUUGUGCUUUGAACUAAUUUUUUCAAUAAACUAUGCAGGCAUUUAAAAUGGAAUACUGAGUAGAACUGAAAAAAAUAUGAUUUAUAUUUCCAAAAGUUAUUUACAUUAAAUUUAUCUUCUAUAAAUAUCUUUUAAAAAUCUAGAAUGUUAUAUGAGAUCUCUAUAUACUGGAUGAUAAAAAAAAUAAGUAUUAAAUUUGGUGGGGGAGUCUUAGUUUCCUUAACUGUAUUUUCCAGUGAAAAUCCUAAUGUAAAUAAUAUGUAUUCUUUUCUAAUGUAUUUUUCUUAAUAAAUGAAGUAGGGCACCCAGAGAAGCAAAACUAAACAUAUGUGAACACUGAAAAAAGACUGAGACUUGAUAACGACAUUGAAAUGUCCAACAAACUUAUUUUUCCCAUCUUGUAGUACCAUUUAAGAUGCAAAUAAUUAUGUGAUGAUUUCUGUCUGUUUUUCCUCUGUUAAUAAAUUUAGAAUACUGAAGAGAUCUGAAAAUGUAAAUUUUUAAUAAAAUUUAAGUCAUUUCAUAUACUAAA